AUGUGGCAUCCAAAAACAACACAAGAUGCAAUUAUUUCAAUGACAAUUACAGUAUACACAAUUACAGCCCAAUCAAUUGGUUUAAUUGUUAUGCUUAUUGACAUUUACUAUAUUUUUGGUGACAUACGAGCAAUUGCUUUUAACAUACCAGUGACAGUAUCAAUUAUUCAGGAACUUUUUAAAAUGAUUACAUUUACAAUUAAUAGAGGUGAAGUACAGUCUCUCAACAAAUACACAGAAGAAACAUUUUGGAAAUCAAAAUAUGAUGAGUCAGAAAUUUUAAUACUCAAAAAAUGUAAUAAAGUUUGCAUUGUUUCUUGUGAAUAUGAUGGUGGGAAUUUAUCAUUGCCAUUUAAUGUUUAUUUUGAAGCAAGUAAAUAUACUCCAAUUUUUGAAAUUUGUUAUUUCAUUCAGGCAGCAUCAACAAUUGGGGUAUCUGUUUGUUCAACAGCAUUUUGUACAUAUUUAUUUACAAUAAACGUCUACGCAGCUGGUUUAUUUCAAAUUCUUCAACGCAAACUUAUACAGACUUGUCAAAAAUAUUCGUACAAAAAAACCAAUGAUGGUUUAACGAGUAGUGAGAGAACAAAAUUAUCAUAUGAAAGACUGAAAAAAUGCAUACAACAUCAUCAAGUGAUGAUAAAAUAUAUGGAUACAAUUGAAUAUCUAUAUAGUCCAAUUAAUUUUAUCUUUGCAAUUGGAGCUGUUGGUACGAUAUGCUUAAAUGGCUUUCAAGUUGUGAUGGGAGGUGAAAAUUCUUUUCAUCGUAAUGCCUUGAGUAUUGAGUUUUUUAUUGGGUCAAUUGUACUGCUUUAUAUGGCAUGUUAUUCAUGUCAAAAAAUAUUUGUCGAAAGUUUGGCGGUUGGUGAUAAUUUGUAUAAUGCAAAUUUUUAUGAUUUAUCAAACGAGGAAGAAGGAAAAUAUUUUCGACAGGCAUUGAUAUUUGUCAUUAUGAGAUCACAAAAACCAUGUGUACUUACAAUGUGGGGAUUUUCCGUGAUGUCAAUUGAAAUAUUCACAAAGGUUUUAACAAAAUCGAUGUCUUUUUUCACAAUAUUCCGCCAAAUGUUAGAUGAAUCACAAGAAAUUUCUUAG